AUGAUGGAAAGACAAUUACGUAGUACUAUUAUAGGGCCGCUACCCGAGGGUGAGCGUCGGGGCACAUCUGGAGCUGACGCUGGACGUGAUAGCGUACGGGCCGUCAGCGACUCUCUGCUGAGCAGGUGGGCAAGAGUCGGGGAACCCGAAAAUAUUACAGCCGAUCAACGGGAAGGGAUGGGUAUGGGUGAUGCUUUGCAGAGUACGGACUUACCUACAAGCUCUGCCGGCUCAUCUUCAAUGACCACAAAUAAUACAGAACAUGAUGAUAGAAGAAGAAAGUGGUCAACAGAAGAACUUCAAGAUUUAAUGUUUUGUUACUUUAAAGCGAGAUCGAUUGGACCAGGAUACAUAGACAGGUUACAGAAACUUUUCACAGAAAGAAACCCGAAUAACCCUAAAAUUCAUAAGUUUAACGGAAACACUUUAUCAAAUUAA